GAUCGCAACAGCUGAAGCUUGAGGCGGGCGCCAUGGAGUACACAGGGAGCCAAUAUAUUGGGGAGUAUGUGGAUGGGAGGAUGGAGGGCAAAGCUGAAUACAUCCUCCCAACCGAAACAAGAUACGUCGGGGAAAUGAAGGACGGCAUGUUUCACGGCCAAGGAACCCUGUACUUUCCCAGCGGGAGCCAAUUCGAUGCCGUUUGGGAAAACGGAUUGGUCGUAAAGGGCGAGUACACCUUCUCGGAUGGGCUGCAGUAUGACGCUGAGUUCUGGCAUUAUUGUGACAGCUACGAUCGGAGGUUUUACACUGAGAUCUGCCACGGCUUGAAGCCUGCAGGUAUCUCUCAACUCACCAAUAUGGAUCCUCCUAGAAAAAUCCCCAAAGGCUGUUAUGAUUGUGGGGACGGCUUCUAUGACCCGGUCACGAGGAUAGUCAAGGACUAUAAGAAUCGCUUCCUGAGAAAUGCAGAUGAUGACGAGCACGAGUGGAUCAUCCAGACGUGCCGGAAGGGCUGGGAUGAGAUCGUGGGUCACAGCCUCAGGCCAUGAGCUCUGCAGCCGCCUCCGCCAGAGGUUUCCUUCUGCACGGCUGGCACUGGCUGGCCCACAGAGCAGGCUGUAUUUGUAGAACCUGACUUUUGACUCAGGAAUAAAGGCUUUCUGCAGUCAGUG